AUGCCUGAUAAAGAUGAGAGGAUUGCGGAACUCGAAAAGUUGCUAAAGGAAGAGGAACGCAAGAGAGAGGAACAGGAUCGCAUCCUCGAGGAACUGCAACGCAAGAGGGAGGAAAUAGAGCGCCAGAACCAAGAUUCCACGCUAUCAGAGUACUUGGCGCUGAUACGCGUGUUCGACCUCAUGAUAGGGUAUGGGGUUUCAUAUGGCUAUGUCGCCGCUGGCAAGUCCUACGUUUUGCUCUACUUUAACCCAGCCGAGCCUCGGAAACUUUAUUACCAUCUGUGCGUGCCAGAAAGCAUGGUGAGGGAAGCGGCGAACGAGAAAGACUGGUCCACGCAGAUGUCCAAUACCGCAGUGGCCCAACUGGCCAGCUUUUGCCUCGAGAGCCUUCAAUCCGAGGCGGCCGUAGGCCCGUCAUUGGAGGCGUCGAUGCAGGUUGCCAAGGAACAAUUGGCAAUAUGGGGUCGAGAGGGCUACGCAUCCGAGAGCAGCGAGACAAGGACUCUUGUCCACCACGCAUACAACAAGCCUACGAAGCAAUACUUCACCCAGGCCUGCCUUUUUGGCCUCAAGACGGGUCGCCGUCUCGCUAGCUAUUGUCCCAACGUGCAAUUCCACCUUGGUGUCAAUGGAAGCGCGCAGCAGCACCCGAUUGACAUCACCGAGUUGACUCGCCUCAUCAAUGAGCGGCUUCGCAGGGACCCGUACGACUACUGCGAGGCGCUGUCGCCUUGGGGCAUAUGCGGAAGCAUCGGGGUGCUCUUCAAGCUGGAGCUGGCGCCCUACGGCUACCUAUUUGUUGGCAAGGGCACCACGGCGGCGCUUUUGAGCGACCUGAAGCACGAAACAAACGUAUACGAGAAGCUCCGCAGGCUUCAGGGCGACGUGGUACCCGUGCAUCUGGGCUUGGUCGAGCUUACCAGCGGUUACAUACUCCCCAGAGGCCUGAGAGCAGUCCAUAUGAUGCUCAUGUCUUGGGGCGGAGAAAGGGUAACUCGGGAAGGAAACUCGUCAGGUUUGUCGCCCGAGGUGCAGCGAUCCGUGCAGGCUGUUCAGAACGAGGGUGUGUACCAUGAUGACGCGCGCGACCCCAACCUGCUCUGGAAUGAGGAACUAGGCCGGGUCAUGGUGAUAGACUUUGACCAUUCCGACAUCCUGAUGCCGCCUAAGCACAAGGCAGUGUCUAAUCUCUCCGAGAAGGGGAGUAGAAAAGGCCAGAAACGUGCAGUUGUAAACUACCCCGGGAAAGCUAAGGUGCUGGACGGUUACCCAGAGGCUGCAUAA